CAAUCACACACACACACACACACACACGGUGCACCAUAACGACCGUCAGAGUUGGAAAGGAGGAAGCAACAGAGAGAAGGAGAGAGUGAGAGACGCAGUUCCGAAUCGGCUGCGUGAAUUGUGAACGCGUAUCUGCUGAUCUUCCUGGAGAAGAACUUUCUGAAUCCUGAAUCGAAGCCGAGGCUGAACUCUUGGAAAUGACGGACGCGUUAAUGCCGAACGGAUGCAAGAGCAACCUGGUGGGAGAGAAUGACUACUUCAGAAAGGGCUGUAACCCGCUGGCUCAAACUGGCCGCAGUAAGCUUCAAAACCAGAGAGCGAGCCUCAAUCAGCAGAUCAUCAAACAGAUGAGAAUGAGAGCGGGGGCUGAGAAUCUCCUCAAGGCCACAGGCAAUAAUAAAGUCAGAGAUAUGGUCAUGCUGGAACUGAGUUUUGUGAACUCCAACUUGCAGCUUCUUAUGGAGCAAAUGGAAAGUCUGAACAGUUCAGUAGAGGUUUACCAGAACGUACAAGGUGCAACCAUCAUCCCUCUGAUUCCUUUGGGCCUAAAAGAGACAAAAGACGUGGACUUUUCGGUACCUUUUAAGGAUUUCAUCCUUGAGCAUUACAGUGAGGACGGCACAAGCUACCAGGAUGAAAUCGACGAUCUGAUGGACCUCAGAAAGGCGUGCCGGACUCCGAGCCGUAACGACGCAGGGAUCGAGCUUCUCGCCAGCUACUUCAGUCAGCUCUCGCUCCUGGAGGGUCGUUUCUUCUCCCCCAACCGCCACAUGGGUAUUUUCUUCACAUGGUACGACUCCUUUACUGGCGUGCCAGUGUGCCAGCAGAACAUAUCCCUGGAAAAGGCCAGCAUCCUGUUCAACAUGGCGGCUCUUUACACCCAGAUAGGCACUCGCUGUGACAGACACACACACGCCGGCCUCGAGGACGCCAUCACGGCCUUACAGAAAUCAGCCGGUGUCCUGAACCACCUGAAGGAAACGUUUACACACACUCCGAGCUAUGACAUGAGCCCGGCGAUGUUGAAUAUGCUGAUAAAAAUGCUGUUGGCUCAGGCUCAGGAGUGUGUGUUUGAGAAGAUCGCUCUGUCCGGAAUCCGCAACGAGUUCUUCAGCCUGCUCAGGAUGGCACAGGAAGCUGCAAAGGUGAGUGAAGUGUAUGAACAGGUGCACCAGUCCAUGAUCCAGACACCGCUUAAAGACAACGUGCCCUUCUUCUGGUCCACAAUGGCGCAAGUGAAGGUCCAUCACUAUCGCGGUCUCGCCCAUUACUUCAUUUCCACCUCCCUGCUGGACCAUGAGUUAACCCAGAAUGAUGAUGAGGAUAAGCAGGAGAAAACCCUCUCUCAGGUGUACGACACGAUGCCUGACGGACGCUCCGCCGCUGAGAUCCUGCGCAAGAAGCAGGAGCGCCGUCACAUCGGUAAAGCUCACCUGAAGCGUGCCGUAAUAAACCACGAGGACGCUUUGCGUAACCAGUGCCUGUGUCCUCACCUGCACAAGCUGGACGUCCUCACCUGCAUUCUUGAUGCCAGCCACAAACGCUCACUCGCAAAAUUUGAGCAAAACGACACAGAAGACGAGUUCACCGAUUACAUGGAGGCGCCGGACAUCAUCCCUAAAACGGAGCAGAAGGCUGAAAUGGAAAUUCCCGUCGCCACUAAGGUGAAAGUCAAAGACUUGUUCCACCGACUGGGCCCGCUAUCUGUAUUCUCAGCCAAACAGAGAUGGACGGCACCGCGCACACUCCAGAUAAAGACAGAGGACAGAGACAUCGGUUUUACACUGAAAGGAGACGCACCAGUCCAAAUCCACUCUCUCGACCCGCUGUGUCAGGCAGCUGCGGACGGCCUGAAAGAGGGCGAUUACUUGGUUGCCGUCGGUGAUACGGACUGUAAAUGGAUGGGCGUGAGCGACGUCAUGAAGCUGUUAAAGGACGUAGACGGGGAAGGCGUCGACAUUAAAGUGGUCAGCAUGAUCGACAACAGCAUCCAGGCCAUGCCCCAGAAAAGUGCCACUUUCUCCGGCGGCCUUCCGAAAACCUACUCCAUGAUCUGCCUGGCCGAGAACGACCAGGACAAGCAUCCGAAAGCACGUAAAGUCAGCAAGAAGAUGUCGUUUCUCAGCUGGGGGCUGAAGAACAAGCACAAGAGCGCCAGCACCCUCAGCCUCCCCACGUCCGACUACAAACCCUCCAAUCCCAGAUCCUUCAACGACAGCAGCCUCUACUAACCAGUGCUGAACUUCUGACCAGUUAAUCGUCAAGCUCUCGGGUUAGGGAGCGAACCGGUCCAACGCGCAGACACACAGUGCUGAAGUUAUGAAGGAAAAAAUUCAAGACUUUUGCACAGAAAUUUUUCUUUUUUUUUUUUUUUUUUUUGGGGCAAAAAAUGCCUGCAAGUCGUUGCAGCCAAAUAGUUAAAAGUUAUUUUAAAUAUAAAAUCUAUAUAAUGAGCACCCGUGAUAUUGAUGUCAUCACAUAUAUCUGUUCAUUCUAUUGUCUCGUUGUGUGUGUGUGUGCGUCAUAUAUGGGAGGGAUAUUUUCUCGUUUAAUUGUUUAGAUUUUUUUAUUUGUUACAGAAUUAAUCAUUCGUUUCUGAUCGCUGUGAAGAAAACAGGAAGAGCCUGUGUGGGUUUUUUUUGUUUGUUUGUUCGUUUUCCACCAAUAUUCAUAUUGCUGCUGCUGUAAAUAUUCGGAUUUCACUGUAUUGUUCUAUGGAAGAGUCAGAUGUUCAAUUUAUGUACCCAAAUGCAGAACGUGUUUAUUUACAUAUAUAUUUUACGCUCAACAUUUUAAAUAACGUCACUGCUGUAUACGGAGCAUUUUAAAGUAAAAGUAAAAAGAAUAAAAUGUAAUAAUGAGGUUGAUUAUAGCUGGAAAUAUGUGGUGACGUGUGUAACGUGAACGUUGAGAGAGUGGUUUGCAGUAAUCGAGCAGUGCUGUGGUUGUUUCUGUAUUAUUUUAAUAUCAAUUUUUUAUUAUUAUAAGUGUCCAUUUGCUGUUAGAAUAACCUCCUGAGAAGACGGCCCACUAGAUUUUUAAGAUUUGUGAACAUUCAUUUAGUCACAAGGUUUAAAGCAGGAGAUCUUCCACAUCUUCCAACCCAUCGAAUGCGGAUCUUCUGGAGCUUUGUGCGCAGGGGCGGUGUCAUGCUGGAACAGGUUUGGGUCUGCUAGUUAAAUUAAAGGGGAAAUUUCAUGCUAAAGCCUUCAGAGACAUUCGAUCGAAUUGUGGGCCUUUGAUCUUCAUGGUAAGAACUUCAUAUUCCAAAUACUUUUUGACUCAUUUGGACGGAUUUAGAAUUUUUUGUUCUUUUUUUUUUUUUUUUAAACUAACACCUCCUUCGGAAGUGUUGUAGGUAUUUCACUGUCUACAGCGUAGAUACUUGUUCACGUUUGAUAAUCAAAUAAAUAAACUGCACAUAAAGAAUGAGUUAUAAUUAGAGGUGUGUAUUCCGGUUGACGUAUUUAGCGUGUGUUCGGGUGACGCCACGUGUAAAUGUUGUUUGUGUAAAAUGGUCAUUAAACGUUAUUGUGCAAUUAAGUAUUUGACAACUUUUUAGUAUAAUUAACGUGUGUGUGUGUGUGUGUGUGUGUGUGAAACGUCUAAUUCCCUUUAAAAGUCUUUUAAGCGAUGUGACUCCUGAAUAUUGCGUCUAGACCUUUUUUUUGUUUGUUUGUUUGUUUUUUUUAAGCACCUGGAUAUUAUAUUUUGUGGGUAUUUUAAUGAGAUUCGAGAGUAAAGUAGGGUUAGAUGUAGCAUGGUAAGAUCUCAUCAAAGGCGAUGUAGGUCACAUGCAGGUUGAUUGUUGUGUGUGUGUAUAUAUAAUGUGUGUGUGUGUGUGUGUCUGUUUGUAUUGUGUGUCUGUUCCUGAUGCAUAACAUCUUUUAAGUCUUAAAGGUCAAAACAGUUAUGUUUUUGUAUCCGUCUGGGUUUUGGAGGUUUCUGUCGCUCUUGGCUUUUUUUUCUGUCGCUGUUUAUUCGAAGUGGAAGCAAAACUCGUUUCUCUUUUCUUUUGUUGUCAUUUUUUUGUACACAAACCUGAAAUAAAAAUAAAAUAAUGGGU